GAGGGGCUUGGAGAGCAGAUCUCAGCUGGCAGACAUUUAAAUGGGAGACAGCUCGGCGCUGCUGCAAUUUGUAGGCAGGACCCGACAUUCUCUCUCUCUAUGGACUCCCGGGCAGCUUCGGGCUGCCACGCCACCCGCUCCACUGAGUGACCCACCGCUCCGAGCCUCGCAGAGCCCCAGGCCGCGCCGAGGAGCCACCGCCACCGAGCCGAGCCCCGCGGCGGAGCCGCCGCAGCGCAGGAUGGUCCGCACACUGUACGCCAUCGGUGCCCUGUUUCUUCUGAUGGGAUUUCUGCUGCCAGCAGCCGAAGGGAGAAAGCGGAAUCGUGGCUCUCAAGGUGCUAUCCCUCCUCCCGUCAAGGAUCAGCCCAAUGACUCGGAGCAGAUGCAGACACAGCAGCAGUCAGGCUCCAGGCAUCGAGAGCGAGGAAAAGGCACCUCGAUGCCUGCUGAGGAGGUGCUGGAGUCCAGUCAGGAGGCGCUGCACAUCACUGAGCGCAAGUACCUGAAGCGGGAUUGGUGUAAAACCCAGCCCCUCAAACAAACUAUCCACGAAGAAGGCUGCAACAGCCGCACCAUUAUCAACAGGUUCUGCUAUGGCCAGUGCAAUUCCUUCUACAUCCCCAGGCACGUCCGUAAAGAAGAAGGCUCCUUCCAGUCUUGUUCCUUCUGCAAGCCCAAGAAAUUCACCACUAUGACUGUUACACUCAAUUGCCCUGAGCUUCAGCCCCCAAGAAAGAAAAAAAGAAUCACCCGAGUUAAGGAGUGCCGGUGUAUAUCUAUUGACUUGGACUAAAUGGAGAAAAAGCAGCAAUUGCACUCUGACUGUAUGCAAUCACUGCCAGCGGGAGAGUGAGUGGCAUGAACUAGCCUACCUUCAAGGCUGGGCAGAACUCAAAGGGACCUAGUGAAUUGCCAAAAAAAAGCAAAACCCCCCCAAAAAGAAAGAAAAAAUUAAUGUAAGGAAAGGGUGUGUGUGUGUGUGUGUGUGUGUGUGUGUUUGUGUGUGUAAGGGAGAAAAUGGAUAUGGAUGAGCAAAUGCAUGAAUGUUCGCUACAAAAAAAACCCAAAUGAAAACGGGGUAUGAGACAUUAAAAAACCCCUAAUUAUUACCCAUCUUCAUGAAUUAGGUUUCCUAAUUCAUGUGUAUAUUCACAAUUUUGCCGCUUGCUGGGGAGGUGGAGCUGUGGCUUUUGCGAAUGUUCACCUUUGUGCUAUUUGCUUUUACUGUAUUAAGUGAAACAUCAAAGCGAGAGGACAAUAUAUUUCAAAGCAUGAAUCUAUUCUUAUAGAAGAGAUAGAGCAAUUUAAAGUGUAGCACAGCCAUCACUGAAAAUAGAAGCUGUGUUGAGAGGUGGUAA